AUGUACCUUUCUGGGAUCUAUAUAAUCCUGUUUAUAAGGGUUUUGAAACUUGGUUGCAAACGGGUUUAUUUAUUUAAUCUAAGAAAUCCGAUUCUGGGUAAUUUCUUGUGCCCAUUCUUGAUUCUACUGUAUCAUAUUGAUGAGAUUUUUUAUUAUCUAAUAAAUAUGCCAUUUCAUCACCUGCCGAGUAUUGUUGAGUGUGUUACCACGACUGAUAUUUUGUUUGAUCAAAGAAUGAAGAAUUCAUAUGAUAAGUUUCUUUCUCAUAGGCUUUGGAGUACUAUAUUGUGCUGCUACCUAGGUUUCUUUGAUGGAUUGGGAUUAAUGAAAAAAACGCAUGCUGAGAUAAAGUUUUCGGACCCGAUUGAAAUUAUUUUCGUUAUUGAUUUGCCGACACAGGAAAAAGGUGAUUGUGGAAUUUUUGUGCUGCAUUUGCGGAGUAUUUCAUGA